AUGUCAUCAUUACCAGCCUCAGAUGGCUAUAACCAUCUAGCGCAUCCUUCAGGACAGAGUCCGGAGAUUGGUAAUCCUACGAGUUUUGCUCGCUCUGCCUCUGCUUCAGUCUGCCCUGUAAAGCCCAGUGACCCAGAUAGCCUUGAACCUAAAGCUGUCAAGGCUUUGAAGGCUUCAGCUGAGUUCCAGAUAACCUCUGACACGAGAGCGCAUCUUCUUCCUCUACAGGAUCUUUCUGAUUAUGCUUCUUCAACAGACAGUGCUCCAGCAGGCCAGAGUCCAGAUAGGCCUUUGCAGAGUUCAUCAGAAGAAGCGGAUGUUGCAGAUACUCUAAAGAAAUCUCCUGCUGAAAAAAGCACCCAGGGCCUCAAAUUUCAUCUCUAUACAAGACAGGAAACUAAUUUAUCUGUCACAACUACUAGGAUGCGUGAAUCACAAAUGCUUCUCAGUGAAAAGGGUUGGCAUCUAGAAUAUCAGAAUCUGAGUCCAGUCAACGGCCUUCAGCAGCAUGAAGAAGAACAUGAACAGCAUGAGGUUCUACAGCAGAAUUCUCCACGUGACCAAGAACAUGUUAGUAACACAGGGGACCUUGAACUUCCUGGAGAAAGGCAAAAGAAUCAACAAAAAUGUGUUGGUUUAGAAGCUGAGAUGAAAGGGGACAGGCUACAGCAGAAUGUAGACCUUCUAGAUACAGAGAGAAAUAUUCUCCCUUCAGGAUGCUUUGGUUGCUCAAAUUCAGAAACUCUUAUGGAAAUAGACAUCGUUGAACAGUCUCUGGUUGCUGUGUUUAAUUCCGAAGGUGGUCAGAAUACCAGUGUCAAGAACACUGGUGCAUCUGAUCUCACCCUAGAUAAUCCUUUAAUGGAAGUAGAGACAUCAAAAUGUAACCUUUCAAAUGAAAUUUUAAUUAAUUCCAUUUCCACUGAGGAUAUACAGCUCCCAGGAAGUGAUGUCAAAAUGUCUGGAACAAAUAAAGAAUAUGGCGAUUGCUCCUCCUCUUUAAGCGUUUGCGGCAGUUGUCAGUCCUCUGUGGAGUCAACAGAGGAGUCAUAUUCAUCUGUAACAACAGCUUUGCAGGAACUUCAUGAACUUUUGGUCAGUAGUAGUAACACAGCUUCAGAAAGUGUAUCUGAAGAAGUUUCCUGUCAAUCAGAAACACGAGUUGAAGGUCAAAUGAGUACUAAAGACUUUUCUGAAAGAUGGUCCCAAACUGAGCCUCUUCCAGCUAUUCAGGAUGCACAGGCUCCACAGGUCUCCUCUCCUCAGGCUGUCCCUGUGCCAGUGAAGGCAGAGCAGUGCACAGGCUCGUCACCUGGAGCUGGAAGAGAGGAGCUAGAAACUACUGACUUCAGGGGAACAAGUGAUGGCACGCCAACUCAUACAGAAGACGUUCCUCAGUCUAGGGAAUCCUUCAAAGAGAGCCAUUCUAUCCCCCUAGCCUCAGCUAAUCAGUCUAAUCAACCGUACAGCACCCUAGGUGCAGCAAUGUCAUCCAGACUUUUAGGUGAGGAGGAUGCACUCAAUCAGACUUCUGAGCAAACCAAGUCCUUGCCAUCCAGUUUCAUAUUGGUUAAAGACUUGGGUCAGGGCAUACGGGAUCCAAUGACAGACAGCCCUGAAACACGAGAAAAUGUCUGUCCUGAAGCUGCCAGCCUCUUCCUUGAGUUUGACCCACCCUACAGCUAUCCUUCAAGUCCCUCUGUUCUCCCACCAUUGAUUUUUCCUGCUGCAGACAUUGACCGGAUCCUCCGUGCUGGCUUUACUUUGCAGGAAGCUCUUGGGGCUUUGCAUCGAGUUGGUGGAAAUGCAGACCUCGCUCUUCUUGUUUUGCUAGCAAAGAACAUUGUAGUUCCUACAUAA